UUGAGCACUGAUCGUGAGCAGUACCUUUAUCUCUAUAUUGUCAUUUUACAAUAGCAAACCAUUAAUGUGAAUAAGGAACGGUUUUCUAAAAAUAUUCUCGAAAUAUACGGAAAAAAUGGCUUCUGUAAAAGAUGUAGCUUCUUUGUAUCAAAAUCUGAAAACAGAGUGGGCUAAGAAACCUCGUAAGCUAGACAAAUGUGGCGAACUACUAAAUAAAAUAAAGAUAGCAUUAACACAACUUACUUUUUUACCAAGUAAUAAUACCGCGGCAAAUCAAAAAGAAUUGAUAUUGGCUCGUGAUGUUUUGGAAAUUGGUGCCCAAUGGGCUGUAGCUGCUAAAGAUGUUAAGGCCUUUGAAAGAUAUAUGUCACAACUUAAAUGUUACUAUUUUGAUUACAAAGACCAUCUACCAGAAUCAGCAUUUAUGUACCAAUUGUUGGGUCUGAACUUACUCUUUCUACUAUCUCAGAACAGAGUAGCUGAGUUCCACACAGAACUGGAACGUCUCUCAGUUGAUGUAAUUAGAGCAGAUCCAUAUGUACGACAUCCAUUAGCUUUGGAACAAUAUCUGAUGGAAGGAAGCUAUAAUAAAAUAUUUUUGGCUAAGGACAAUGUUCCAGCUGAAAGCUACACACUUUUCAUGGACACCCUUCUUGAUACAGUUCGAGGAGAAAUAGCGGCUUGUAUUGAAAAAGCUUAUUUGUGUAUAUCAUGCACAGAGGCAGCGAGACGGCUGAACCUACCAUCUCAACAGGCUGUUUUGGAAUAUGGGAAGAAGCGCAACUGGGUACUUGGAGCUGAUAAUUGUUAUCACUUCAAUGCUUCUGAAGAAACCUGUGCCGCUGCAGCUGGUGUAUUCCCAUCAUCUGAACUUGCAGAACAAACUAUUGAAUAUGCUAGACAUCUUGAAAUGAUUGUGUAAAUCAUGAUCUUAGUGUUUAAAAAUGGAGUUAAUAAAUAAAAAGAAUAAAACCAUGGUUUUCA